CAGUGAGCUCCGGUCAUCUGCAUUUCGCGCAUGCUCAGUGCGCUCUUCGCAGCCGUGUCCAGCAAUGGCCGCCUUUGCCGCAGGAAUAAACAAGCAGGGCGCCCUGACGACCAUGGAGCCGUGCGCUCGACACAGCCGGGCGGCCAACGGAGGCACAGUCAAGGUGCUGGAGUGCGGCGUUUGCGAGGACGUCUUCUCCCUCCAAGGCGACAAGGUCCCCCGCCUGCUGCUGUGCGGGCACACCGUGUGCCACGACUGCCUCACCCGCCUGCCCCUCCACGGCCGGGCCGUCCGCUGCCCCUUCGACCGGCAGGUGACGGAGCUGGGUGACUCCGGGGUCUGGGGUCUGAAGAAGAACUUUGCCCUGCUGGAGCUUCUGGAGCGACUGCAGAACGGCGCCACCAACCAGUCUGGAAUGGCGGAGGACGCUCAAAAGGGAACGGGCGAGCAGUGCGUCAUCCGCUGCGACGAGGACGAGAGCCACACGGCGACCACGUACUGCACCGUGUGCGCCACCCACCUGUGCGCCGAGUGCUCGCAGCUCACCCACUCCACGCGCACGCUGGCCAAGCACCGGCGCGUGCCGCUGGCCGACAAGCCGCACGAGAAGACGCUGUGCCCGCAGCACCAGGUGCACGCCAUCGAGUUCGUGUGCCUGGAGGAGGCGUGCCAGCCGGGCCCGCUCAUGUGCUGCGUCUGCAAGGAGUACGGCAAGCACCAGGGCCACAAGCACGCAGUCCUGGAGACGGAGGCCAACCAGAUCCGGGCGUCCAUCCUGGACAUGGCGCACUGCAUCCGCACGUUCACCGAGGAAGUGUCGGAGUACUCCAGGAAGCUGGUGGGCAUCGUGCAGCAGAUCGAGGGCGGCGAGCAGAUCGUGGAGGACGGCGUCGGCAUGGCGCACACGGAACACGUGCCCGGCACGGCGGAGAGCGCUCGCUCCUGCGUGCGCGCCUACUUCGCCGACCUGCACGAGACGCUGUGUCGCCAGGAGGAGAUGGCGCUGAGCGUGGUGGACGCGCACGUCCGCGAGCGGCUCAUCUGGCUGCGGCAGCAGCAGGAGGACAUGACCAUCCUGCUGUCCCAGGUGUCCACCGCCUGCCUGCACUGCGAGAAGACUCUUCAGCAGGACGACUGCCGAGUGGUGCUGGCCAAGCAGGAGAUCAACUGUCUGCUGGAGACUCUUCAGAAGCAGCAGCAUCAGUUCACCGAGCUGGCCGACCACAUCCAGCUGGACGCGGGCCUCCCGGUCACCUUCACCAAGGACAACCGGGUCCACAUCGGCCCCAAGAUGGAGAUCCGCGUGGUGACUCUGGGACUGGACGGCGCGGGGAAAACCACCAUCCUCUUCAAGCUCAAGCAGGACGAGUUCAUGCAGCCCAUUCCCACUAUCGGUUUCAACGUGGAAACCGUAGAAUAUAAAAACUUGAAAUUCACAAUCUGGGACGUCGGGGGAAAACAUAAACUGAGGCCCCUGUGGAAACACUAUUAUCUAAACACUCAAGCGGUGGUGUUUGUGAUCGACAGCUGCCACCGGGACCGACUGAUGGAGGCGCACAGCGAGCUGGCCAAGCUGCUGACCGAGAAGGAGCUGAGAGACGCCCUCCUCCUCAUUUUUGCCAACAAGCAGGACGUUCCCGGCGCCGCGUCCGUGGAGGAGAUGACGGAGCUGCUGAGCCUGCACAAGCUGUGCUGCGGCAGGAGCUGGCACAUCCAGGGCUGCGACGCCCGCAGCGGGAUGGGCCUCCACGAGGGCCUGGAUUGGCUGUCCAGGCAGCUGGUGGCCGCGGGCGUCCUGGACGUGGCCUAAAAGCCGACGCGGCCGGUUUGACGACGCUUGUGAGCUCUUUGAUCUGUGAACGAACACUUGAAGGUACGCGUCGGAAGAGCCCUGACGUAUACCGCUCUGCUCCUCAGAGGGGCGACGUUGAGUCACUGAAAAAGCCCACACCAACCACCCCCGCGAGGAAGCACCAACGUCAACGUCAAGUGGCAUACCCAAUAAGAUUAAAAAACUCCUUGAUAUUGUCAGCCUAAUAGGAUAUUUUUUUUUUUUUUUGCAAGUUACUGUUACUAAAAAUAUUUUGCCCUUGUUUUCCAAAAAAUGUUCCAAUAUGACUUAGCAAUUAUGCUAUUAGGCUAACAACACCCACCUUAAAAGGUCCAUGUACUAGAAUUAGUUUGCGCUACAGUCUUGAUAGUAAAAAAAAUGAAAAUAAAUUAUGGUAUCAGGCAGAGGCGUUCAACUGUCCCCAGAGCCCUCAACAUUCUGGCGCUACUAGCAGGGUCCCGGUCUAUUAGUGCGGGCCUAGUGGUGUUACUAGUACAGAGCUGUAUGGUACUAGUAAUUAAUUUACUAAAGUGGCUCUACAAGUGGAAAAAGUAGUAGUACAUUCUACUUGUGUGGUGAAUUGUCUUACUGCUGAGGAGAAUAGUAGUACAUGGACCUGAUGCAGGGGAUCAAGGCUACGGAAUAAAUUCUAAAUACAGGGACGAAUGGGAAAAAAAAAAAAAAAAUCUAUUAAAUCUGAACUUCUGAAAUUCUAUUUAGGUCUCAACGUUGUGCUCUGUGUUACAGAACAUGUACUGAACGUGUUUAUAGUGUUGAAUUUUUGUUUUCCGCACAUGAAAAUUGGGCAAACGCACUUGCCGCCCGCUGCCUCGUCGUAGUCCGGCGGGCAAACUCUGCUGUCUCCUUCCAGUAUUAACAUGCCGACCGUGGGCGGUCUCACGGGAACGCGUCCGACAACCUUAAUCACUCUUGGUAAUGUGAAAUUGUAAAACCCCUCCUGCCGCCGACACUUUGUCUCAUUAGCUAAGACACAACUUUUGAGUUAAUUCAUUGCUAUGUAAUGUUUUUACUACUUGUUGGGGAAAAAAAAAAAAAAGUUGGUAUGAAACAUCUUUUUUUUUCUGUGUAGUUUGCAAAAACGUAGAAGCACAAUAUGCCUCAACACCUUUUGUUACCGUCGGAUGACUUUUUUUUUGGGGGUGGGGGGUAAAUUAUUCAUAUUGUGAUGUCAAAUAAACUGACCAUAUUUGUCUGCAUGUGACUUUUUUUUUUUCCCUGUUAACUCCUACACUAAAUAUGAACACGAGUUGUGGAUUAGUAUUAUAUUGUAUCACCAUAUUUUAAGAACAUUUCCAAUGUGUUGAUAUUUAAGGAAUUUCUUAAAGAAUAAUUCAAACCCUAAAUAAAAAAAAGAAAUCUUAUUCUUCUUGACCCCUGCAUGUCUCAUUAAAAUAAACAAACUGGGAGAACA